CAUUACACGUUAUUUUUAUCGUAUUUGUUUUGUAUAUUGUCAUUAUUAAUAUCUAUGUAAGCUAUCAUGUUAAUAUUUAAUAUAUUGCCUAAGUUAGUAACUACAGUUAGAUGUUAUCCAUUGAAGUAUGCAGUCUGCAGAAUGUCAACUGCGGCGAAUGUGAAGUUCCACUACGGGCUGACAACAUCAGACCCUGAGACACAACCGGUGCUUAUUGUUGGCCAAGCAACCCAUCUGAACACACUAACAUGGCAAGAUGUACGCUGUAAACUGGAACCUAGAGUUACUGAAGAGGUAUGGCAGCGAGGACUGACUGUAGUCUCGGGUGGGGAUUCCUGCGAGCUAUGGCCGCGUGGUGCUUCGCUCGCUGCGCUCCCUGCCCGGCGCUCGCGUCACGCAGCACCCUCUAGAGGACAUGCUCUCUCCAAGAUUGUAAAGAACAACCAGCGUGGUAAUGCUAGCGAGGAGUUUAUAGUGUUGGUAUGUCGCAAACAAGACGUAUUAGCGAGUGCGGUGGCGAUCGCCCGCGCGGUGCCGCAGUACUCCGCGCGCACGGACUCCGCCCCGCUCGGCUCCGCGCCUGCGCCCCCGGACAAGAGAGACCUCACUGUCGAGAUUGUGUUGGUCGCUGAUGAGAAACGUGAAGGUGAAUCAGACGAGGAGGAGGUAGGAGGUGUAGACUCAGUGCUACUAGAGACAACCCUCAGCGAAGGGGAGGUGCGCACUCUGCAGCGGGUCGCGGACAUGACGCGCCUCGCCGCGCGCAUCACCGACACGCCCGCCAACAUCAUGAAUGUUGAUAAUAUCAUUGAGGAAGCAUUCGCAGUAGCGAAGUCGUUAAACAUCCCGGAGCCGACAGUGAUCAGGGGCGAAGAAUUACUGGCCCGGGGCAUGGGCGGGCUGUACGGCGUGGGGCGUGCGGCGGCGCAACGCCCCGCCCUGGUCUGCCUGUCGCACCGCACGCCCGGGGCGUCGCGCGCCCUGGCCUGGGUGGGGAAGGGCAUCGUUUACGACACCGGCGGACUCAGUAUUAAGGCAAGGAGUUCAAUGGUGGGCAUGAAGGGGGACUGCGGCGGCGCGGCGGCGGCGCUGGGGGCCUUCGCCGCCUUCGUGGCGGAGCACCCCGACAUCGACGUGCACGCGGUGCUCUGCCUCGCGGAGAACGCGGUCGGACCUCAUGCCACCAGGCCUGACGAUAUACACCGUCUUUACUCCGGUCGUACUGUGGAAAUAAAUAAUACAGACGCUGAAGGUCGUCUAGUGCUGAGUGACGGCGUGGUGUACGCACAGAGAGACCUGAAGGCAGACAUUAUAGUGGACAUCGCCACGUUAACUGGAGCACAGGGUACAGCGACAGGCAAGUACCACGCGGCGAUAGUAUCCAACUGCGGCGUGCUGGAGCGGCGCUGCGUGACAGCAGGCCAGCGCGCUGGAGAGCUGGCGCACGCGCUGCCCUACGCCCCCGAGCUGCACUUCCCCGAGUUCACCAGCGUUGUUGCAGACAUGAAGAAUAGUGUUGCUGAUCGUAACAACGCGCAACCUUCGUGUGCCGGAUUGUUCGUGUUGUCGCAUCUCGGCUUCGACUUCCGCGGCGGCUGGCUGCACAUCGACAUGGCCGCGCCCGCGCACUCCGGUGAACGUGCGACAGGGUACGGCGUCGCGCUACUCAACGUGCUGUUCGUACAAUAA